AUAACGCUUUAUCCGUUCUUUCAUCAAUCAACCAUGGCGCGUACUAAGCAGACUGCAAGAAAAUCGACCGGUGGAAAGGCUCCUCGUAAGCAGCUGGCGACUAAGGCUGCUCGCAAGAGUGCGCCAGCAACCGGUGGAGUGAAGAAGCCUCAUCGUUACAGGCCCGGAACCGUAGCUCUUCGUGAGAUCCGUCGUUACCAGAAGAGCACUGAACUUCUCAUCCGCAAGUUGCCUUUCCAGCGACUUGUCCGUGAGAUCGCUCAAGAUUUCAAGACCGACCUUCGUUUCCAGAGCUCUGCUGUCAUGGCCCUUCAAGAAGCUAGUGAAGCUUACUUGGUUGGUCUUUUUGAAGACACCAACUUGUGCGCCAUCCAUGCCAAAAGAGUAACCAUCAUGCCUAAAGACAUUCAGCUCGCUCGUCGUAUCCGUGGAGAACGUGCUUAAUUUAUAGUACUCUUGUACUUGACCAACGGCCCUUUUCAGGGCCAACAAA